GCUUAUAAUAUAAGAAGAGAGAAAACAAAAAUCAAAAACAUGUCGUUAUCCUUCAAGCAUAAAAAAGACAAACACUCAAAACCCAAAGGAGGACAGUCAAAGGCUUCUUUGGAAGAAGACGAGUAUGCUCAGGUCAUUGCUGGUGUAAAGAAGAUCUACAAUUCAAAGAUCAGACCCUUGGAAGUAACUUAUAACUUUGAAGGUUUCCAUUCCGCGCCCUUGACUGAUUCAGAUAUCGAAGCCAAGCCUAUUGUUCUCUUGAUUGGACAGUAUUCAACUGGAAAAACCACCUUUAUUCGUUAUUUACUCGAUAAAUCGUAUCCUGGCGAACACAUUGGCGUUGAACCCACAACUGAUCGGUUCGUUGCGGUUAUGAAUGGGUCCGAAGACCGAGUUAUGCCUGGUAAUGCUGCAGCAGUCAACCAAGAUUUGCCAUUUCGAGGCCUGAACAACUUUGGUCAGGCAUUCCUGUCUCGAUUCCAGGUAUCCCAGACACCGUCACCGGUCCUGGAGAACAUGACGAUCAUCGACACACCCGGUAUCCUGGCCGGUGACAAACAACGCAUCGAACGAGGAUACGACUACACAAAGGUCAUCGAGUGGUUCUCACAGCGAUCAGAUCUGAUCCUCUUGUUGUUUGAUUCCCACAAGCUCGACAUAUCAAACGAAUUCAAGUUGGCAAUUCACAGUUUGAAAGGACAGGAAGAAAAGAUCCGAGUUGUGUUGAACAAGAGUGAUAUGGUUAGCCAACAACAAUUGAUGCGAGUUUAUGGUGCAAUGAUGUGGUCUCUUGGAAAGGUCGUUCAGACACCAGAAGUUAUGCGUGUCUAUCUAAGCUCCUUCUGGGUAGACAAACCUCCAAACUGUUUUGAAGAUUGCCGCGAGCUAAUCGAGGCUGAAUCAAAGGACCUUUUACGUGAUCUGAAGGAAUUGAGAAGAAAUGCAGCCAUUCGCAAGAUUAACGAGAUUGUUAAACGUGCGAGACUAGCAAGAGUGCACGCAUUGAUCAUUGGUCAUCUCAAGAAGGAGAUGCCUUCGAUGUUUGGAAAAAAGAAGAAGAAAGAGGCUCUUUUGAACAAUCUUGACACCGAAUUCCUAAAGAUCCAACAGCGCUAUCAUUUACCAGCCGGUGAUUUCCCCAAUCCUGAAAGAUUCAAGCAAAGUCUGGCAUUGUAUGAUAUCGAUAAAUUCAAAACCAUCAAAGAGGAUUUGUUGGAGAAGGUUGAUGAGGCUCUUGCUGUUGAUCUUCCUCGCCUCAUGUCAAUGUUCCCCAUGAUGAACCCUGAAUUAGAUCAAUCUCAGCGUAAUCCAUUCGACGAAGAAGAAGAGGUUGCUGUUGCUGACGCCAAUGGUAGUCUUCCGGCCUCGUUCUGGAACUUUUCGUCAGUGGAAAAGGCAUCAUAUGCACCGAUCUUCUCCCAGCUCCAUCCCCGAGAUGGAAAGGUUCCAGGCUCGAGUGUGAAACCAAUCCUGACCGAGACUGGUCUCGGAAAUGAUAUUCUAGCUCAAAUCUGGCGAUUGUCUGAUUGGGAUGAAGAUGGUUACAUGGACCUUGAUGAGUUCUCGGUUGCAAUGCAUCUCAUAAAGGCUGUGCAGGCUGGUGGAAAAUUACCGGACAAGCUUCCAUCUUCUAUGAUUCCUGCCCGCAAGAUUUAGAUGAUAUAAAGAAAAAGGAGAAAAAGGAGAAGAAAACAUAUAUAUAUAUAUAUAUAUAUAUGUUUGACAUUUUAUCUUGCACUUACACUAACAAUUAUACUUCUUUACUUUACUUUCUUUUAAUUUCCAUUUUAUUUACUCCCAUACAUUUUACUCACCAACAUCUUACUCAUUUACUCAUUUACAUUCAUCCUUACUCUUUCUCCCCUUCUCUCGCAAUUUAUUUUCGGGUGAUUUUCAUUCUUUCUUUAAUCUUACAACUACAGUGAUUUGU